AUGGCCGCGGUCGAAUCGGGUCAAGGCCGGGCCCAUCUCGCCGUUCCAAACAUCAGCAACGACGAGCUGACGUCGUUCUUUGAGUCGCACUUCUCUGACGCAGCUUUGCAAGGGUUCAAAAGCGAAUUUUUCAGCCCAGAGAAGCAUGCAGGCGAUGAAAACGCCGCAUACGACGACGAAGAGUACUACGAGGAAGAAGAUGACGGACUUGGGUACUACCCGGAUGGCGUCAAGCGCACGCUCACCGAUGAGCAAAUCGCCAUGUUCCGCCAUUCUGAAAUUGAAGCUCUACGAAAAGAGAAGGAAAAGGCUGCAGAGUGUCGCCCUGCAGCCUCGCAAGCAGAUCUUGAAGCUGGCGAGGUCGGCGACAAUGACAGCGCCAAGGAGGCCGCGACACCUCAACCACCCAAACCAAAGAACAAGAAGAAGCGAAAAGCAGGCAAGAACAAGAACCAUGAACCCAAGCCUGACCUACGAAAAAGAACUUGGGACGUUGUCGAAGCCGGUCUUGACUCUCUUGACUACGACUGA